AUGCGCACCAGCAUUGCCUUGUUCGCGUCAAUGCUUGCGACAGCGCUCGCUUGUCCGGAUGGCCAUGCUCUAACGUCCAGCGCCGAGCUCUGCGGUGACAUUUGCCCGCUCCAAGACGGCGUUAAGGCCCAGAGCUGCGUCUAUUACCCGAGCAAGUAUGACGACUUUACGUGCCAACCGUCGUCGCUGGGCACGUGCGUCGAGGCGCCCGAGGCCGGGUGCACGCUCCAGUGCCUCACCAACACGUGGGCCCGCAACGGCUCGUACGUCAUCGGGAUCCGCGGCGUGUCGGGCUCGUUUGGUCGCGCAGAGCCGGUCCGUAUCGUCGAGGACUACCGCGCCGACAACAUCACCGAGCUGGAGCUCAAAAACUACAACGACGAAAAACACCGGCUCACGCUCCUCGACGGCGCCUUGACCAAGUCGUCGCUAACGUCCUUGUACAACGUCAAGCUGUCGAUCCAGGAACAUGUGUUUCCGCCAUUCGUUGAAACGCUUGUGCUGUGCAAGGCCGGCGUCCGCUGGAUUCCUAAAGAGGACUUUGGCCUCCAGGCGCUCAAGACUCUGGAGAUUUCGGGACAAUAUCUCGACACGAUCGACCUCUCGGACGACGAAAGGGCUUUCUUGGCCAACGUCAACUGCACCUUCUCGCGACAAGAACCACACCACAUAUAUUUUUGCUAUUCUUGA